AUGAUGAUUAGUGGAAUGAGCGGUCGGUUCCCGGAAUCCGAUUCCACCGAUGAGUUCGCGAACAAUCUGUACGACGGCGUCGAUAUGAUUACCGAUGAUAGCCGUCGCUGGCCUUCAGAUUUAUACUCGAUGAACAACCGAAUGGGCAAAAUCAAGUUUGUGGACAAGUUUGACGGCCACUUCUUCGGCAUAAUGCCCACAAUGGGUGACACUAUUGACCCGCACUCACGCAUCCUAUUGGAGACCACUUACGAGGCCAUCAUUGACGCCGGUGUGAGCCCUCAGAGUCUUCGGGGGUCACAGACGGGCGUAUAUAUCGGGUACUCGACGUUCGGAAUGCCGGACGGUAUCCCCGAUGAGGUACAGCCAGACUCGCAGAACUCGAUGACUGAGACACUGCUAUGGGUUCCGGGAAACUCCAAGUGUCUGUACGCCAAUCGCGUGUCAUUCGUGUUCGACUUCAAGGGCCCGUCUCUGGUCACAGACACCGCCUGUUCCUCCAGUUUAGUGGCCUUCAAUCUGGCCAUCAAUGACCUCAGACUCGGGAAGUGCGAUCAGGCGAUCGUUGGUGGGUCGCAGAUAAACCUCCAGCCCUUCACGAACCAUAUCUUUCAGACGACUCGUCUCAACAGUUUCGAUGGCAUACCGAAGGUGUGGGACGAGUCGGCCGACGGCUUUGUGAGGGGAGAGACAGUGGCGUGUCUUUUCUUACAGCGUCGGCCCGACGCCCGACGCGUUUACGCCACUGUCCUUAACAGCGGCGUUAAUAUCGAUGGCAACAAAACAAUGGGUAUGUUCUUCCCGUCGGCCGACGGACAGCAGGAGUUGAUGAUCAAGACGUACAAAGAGGCGAACGUGGAUCCGCUCAAAGUGACCUAUUUUGAAGCGCACGCCACCGGAACCAAAGUAUUGUUGCCCUUAGAAGUGGCCGGCGAUCCACAGGAGGCCAAAGCCAUCUACAAUUCGUACUGCAAACUACCGAACCGUUCGGGAACUCUACCAAUAGGUCUGCUGAAGAGUAAUAUCGGCCACACAGAGGGCGCCUCUGGAGUCUCGUCCGUAACCAAAGUUUUGAUAGCUUUUGAAAAUGAAUGCAUUCCUCGAAAUCUACACCUGAAGAACAUUAAGUCUACGAUCGCAGACAUGUGUCCGCCAUUGGUUCCCAUCACUGAGAACUUGAAAUAUACUCCGGACAUGUGUCCGCCAUUGGUUCCCAUCACUGAGAACUUGAAAUAUACUCCGGGCAUCGCUGGUGUGAACAACUUUGGUGUCGGGGGAGUGAAUGCACACGUAUUGCUCGAACCCAACUAUAAGGUGUCCGAUACGGACAGUCUUAAGAUCGCGGACACAAUCCCGAGAAUUGUGAACAUCUGUUGCCGAACCGAAGAGGCGUUGAACCAAAUGUUUGAUUUCAUUCAAAACAAUCCACAAAAAAUUACUCGAGAUUUUUUGGCCCUUUUGGCCGAUACUAUGAAAACUCAAACUUCUAUAAAGACUGUCGGCUUUCCCUAUAGAGGCUCAAUUUUCAUUAAACAAGUGAUUGAAGGGAAGAAUCAAAUUAAAUAUGAAUACAAAAGGCAGUCAUCAGUUUUGAAGGCCAGAAAUGUGAGACCCGUUUGGUUUAUAUUCCCGGGUUUGGGCGGCCAAUGGGUUGGAAUGGCUAAGGCUUUGAUGCCAAUCAAGAUAUUCGCCGAUAAGAUCGAUGAAUGCCAUGAAAUAUUGAAACCCUUUGGUAUCGAUUUGAAGCACUUGUUAUUAUCUGAUGAUAAGAAGUCCAUGUCUUCAAUGACUAACAAAUUCUGUGCCACAACUGCUCUCGAGAUCGCAUUGUUUGAUGUGAUGAAAGCGCUGAACAUUAUUCCCGACGGCAUUAUUGGCCACUCUUUUGGCGAAAUAGCGGCCGCUUAUGCGGACGGAGGGCUCACCACAAAAGAGGCGCUUCUCGUCACUUACAUCAGAGGAUAC